GUCAAAUUGAAAGAAUGACAUAUUAUUAUUUACAAAUACAAAAAUUAGAAACUAAUAAAUAACUUUUUUCCGAAAUUUAAGUGUUAAUUACUAAAUGUAUUGAAAAAAAUAUUGACAACAAUGUCAUUAAAUAAUGUUCUUUUACUAAGCCAAAUUGCUGGCUACGUAAUUGCAUUAAUUUUAUCGUUAUGUCUUCUAGUGCCAAUGGUAAUGCACGAUGACGAAUUUAGAGGACAUUGUCUUUUAUUUUCAGUUGGUGAAUGGCAGGAAUCCGAUGGACAAUUAAAUGUUGAUUGGGCUUCCAAAGCGUAUUGUAACUACACGAUUGUACUUGGCGUUGUAUCUUUUCUUGUGUGUGCCCUCCAAAUAUAUCGAUUGUCGAUGCUAGCAUUUCGAGGAGAAGAUAGCAGUUUUCUAUCGACAUUUGUUAAUGUGGUUGUUUGCAUAAAUUUAGCAGGUUUUACUGUAAUUGGGGCCAUCAUGAUAACAUUGGGCUUUAUGACGUGGUGUCAGAAUAUGACACAACGUUUUCCAUCAUGUGAAGUUGCUGCAGGUCGUGAUAUUGAUAAAAAGGAUAACAUUGAUACAUCCGGAUUUUAUAUUGAAAUUGGUGUCGCACAAUUUGGGGCAUGGGGUUCGUUUGCUUGUUGGGUGGGCUUAGGUGUAUUUGCAUUAAUUAAAUUAUGUCGUCAUCAUCAAUUGGAAAAUAUUCGAGUGUCGAUGUACAUUGAACGCCAACGUUUAGUGAAUCAAGCGGCGUCCAUGGGUAAUAGUCCAGUGCCCUCGGUGGAACAUGGAAGUGAUACUACAAAUGUUAUGGUCACACCAGAUUUUGAUAGUUCACUGGACGUGCCCACACGAACUUAAUAAAAAUUUUAUUUAAUUGUUUUUUUUAACUUUCAAGUUUAUACAACCACUGGACAGAAAGGGUGUUUUGUUAAAUUAUUAAUAUAUACUUGAAACUUGGUGAGUGGCUUCGUUUUGUGCGAGUCUACCGAACUUUCUCUCUACAGCUUUUUUCGAAAGUGGUGCGUUUAGAUUAAAAAACGCGGCAGGAAAUUUGUCAAAAGGAAGCGACAUACCAAGUUUGAAGUAUGUAUUAAUAAUUUAACAAAGCACCAGUUGUUUUGUUCAGAAAUUUGAGAGACAGUUUUCAAGGUCGUUAGAUAACUUUUUUAAUUAUUAAAAUUACACCUCUCCACCCCUUAUCUUUCUGGCCUCUAACAUAAAACAUAUUUUUG